UAAGUCCAUCUGAUUAACGCUUAUCGAUAGCAGAUCAGGUGAUAACGGUGGGGGCUAAUCCUGGGAAUUGAAAUCUUUUGGUCGAUAAGGAAUUUUUUUCAAGGUUAUCGCUUUUCAACGAUAGCUUCGAAAACGUGAACUCAAUGUGGGAGAAGUAACUUUGACUUUUGCACCUCAAUUGACACAAGGAAAGUUUUCGCCGCCAACAUGGCGCCGCAGCCAACCAGCACAAGCUGGGAUCACGAAUAUAAUACUCUUCGCCGAGAGAAGCUAUUUAGAGAGCCCCCAACAGAUCGCUCUGCGUACCCUCUAUUACAACAAGCCGUCAAUCCACACAUCGAGUCUUUCGAUGCGCUUUUCGGCAACGAUGGCCUGAUUGCGCACGGUAUUGCCGACAUUGGUACAAAACUGUUUCUAGAUGGAGACGAGCGCGCUCCACCGGCCGGGAAGAACAAGUUGAAGAUCAGAUACAAAGGCAUACACCUCCAGAAAUCGCAACUCCCUCCUACCAACAAAUUUGCCGUCAAAAACCGAGAGAUUCUUCCCGCUGAAUGUAGGGAACGACAUGUGUCAUAUAGGGGAAAGCUUUCUGCUACCUUCGAGUAUAGAAUAAAUGAUGGAGAUCCGAGAGAGUUUACUCGAGAAAUUGGUCAGCUCCCGAUUAUGGUAAAGUCGAUGUAUUGCCAUCUCAGGGACAACAGCCCAGCACAGUUAGUUUUGCGUAAGGAAGAAUCAGAAGAACUAGGGGGAUACUUCAUCAUCAAUGGCAUCGAGAAGAUAAUACGGCUUCUCCUAGUCAACCGAAGAAACUUCCCCUUAGCGAUUAACCGUCCGAGUUUCACCAAUCGCGGUCCUGCUUAUACCCCUUACGGUAUCAUCGUGAGAUCAGUACGACCAGAUGAAACUUCUCAGACCAACGUUCUUCAUUACUUAGACGACGGAAAUGUUACCUUUCGUUUCUCUUGGCGAAAGAAUGAGUACCUGGUCCCUGUCAUGAUGGUUUUAAAGGCACUCGUGGAGACGAACGACAGAGAAAUUUUCGAAGGUUUAAUCGGAUCCCCUGAUUCGAAGGGGAUCCAUAACACAUUCCUCACGGAUCGCGUCGAGCUCCUACUACGGACUUAUAAGACCUAUGGAAUAUACACGAUGGCACAGACCCGAUCAUAUCUUGGGGAGAAAUUUCGACCGGUAUUGGGCGUGUCUGAUACUUUGUCAAACUAUGAAGUCGGCACCGAGUUCUUGCGGCGAAUUGUGCUCGUUCAUCUUGGCAAUAUGAAUGUCACGGAAGGGCAAGAUUCGGACAAGUUUCGCAUGCUUUUGUUCAUGAUCAGAAAACUCUAUGCUUUAGUUGCUGGUGACUGUGCCGUGGACAACCCUGAUGCGGUGCAGAACCAAGAGAUCCUCUUAGGCGGGUUUCUAUACGGCAUGAUAAUUAAAGAGCGACUAGAUGAGUUGCUUUCGGUUGGACUUCGCAGUGCGCUUCGAGACUAUUUUAGGAGAUACCCGGCAAGGUCAUUUGCUUCGGAAGAAUUUGGGAAAGAUUUCCCCAUCAAACUAUUCCAGAAAACUAACGAGAACGUCGGCAAUGCUUUGGAAUACUUUCUGUCAACCGGCAAUUUGUCGAGUCCAUCUGGUCUGGAUCUACAACAAGUAUCGGGUUUCACCGUUGUUGCAGAGAAGCUCAAUUUCCUUCGUUUCAUAAGCCAUUUCCGCAUGGUUCAUCGUGGAAGUUUCUUCGCUCAAUUGAAGACCACAACCGUACGAAAGUUGUUGCCCGAAUCUUGGGGUUACCUUUGUCCCGUCCACACGCCAGAUGGUGCCCCUUGCGGCCUACUCAAUCAUCUGGCGCACAAGUGCAAGAUUAUGACCGAAUCCGUUGAUGUUUCGGCAAUCCCCCAGCUAGCUGCUGAGCUUGGCGUAGUCGACACUUCAUCUGCCGCUACGGAUGAGAGUGUCGUAGUCAUGCUUAACGGAAGGAUCCUUGGUUGGUGUCAUCCGUCCGAGUCACGCAGAAUAGCGGACACGUUUCGAUAUUGGAAAGUCGAGGGCUCUCAUGGCAUCCCUGUCCAUCUUGAGAUCGGCCAUGUACCGUCCUCUAACGGAGGAUCGUACCCUGGCAUAUAUAUGUCAUCCGAGCCAGCUAGGAUGGUGAGGCCGACGAAAUAUCUUCCAUUAGAGAAGGAGGAUUUCGUCGGUCCCCUUGAGCAACCAUAUAUGUCUAUUGCUUGUACGGAACAAGAAGUCGUCUCCGGGGAAUCGACACACGUCGAGUUCGACCCCACGAAUAUACUUUCGAUAUUGGCGAACAUGACACCGUUCUCCGACUUCAACCAAUCUCCGAGAAAUAUGUAUCAAUGCCAGAUGGGCAAGCAGACGAUGGGAACCCCAGGAGCUUCGUUAGCCUACCGAACAGACAACAAAAUGUACCGUAUCCAAACCGGCCAGACACCUAUCGUUAGAUCGCCGCUACACAACGCAUAUGGCUUCGACAAUUUCCCCAACGGCACAAAUGCUGUUGUUGCUGUCAUAUCAUACACCGGAUACGAUAUGGAUGACGCUAUGAUUCUAAACAAGUCGGCCCACGAACGAGGUUUUGGGCACGGGACCAUCUACAAGACCAAAAAAUACACACUCAAGGAAGAAAGUCGCACAAGAGCAGCCAAAAAUGUGACUAAGAUGUUCGGCUUCGCCCCGGGCAGCGUUGUGAAGGCGUGGACGCAGACGAUGCUGGACGAAGACGGGCUCCCCCACGUCGGACGAAUGGUUCAGGAGGGCGACGUCAUUUUUGCUUACCACACGGUCUCUGCAGACUAUAGUGGCAACUUGGUAAACCGAGAUGGUGUCACCAAGUACGAAAAGUACAAGGACUCGGAGCAAGGAUUCAUUGAAGAAGUGCGAUUAAUUGGCAGUGAGCAAGGUAACGAGCCUGCCCAGACGAUCUCGAUCAAGUUCCGUGUCCCUCGGUCGCCAGUCAUCGGAGACAAGUUUUCAUCUCGUCACGGUCAAAAGGGUGUAUGUUCGCAGAAAUGGCCGGCUGUGGAUAUGCCAUUCUCAGAGUCCGGUAUCCAACCAGAUAUUAUCAUCAACCCUCACGCUUUCCCGUCACGAAUGACAAUCGGUAUGUUUGUCGAGUCUCUAGCAGGAAAGGCAGGUGCGCUUCAUGGGCUAGCACAAGAUUCAACACCUUUCCGCUUCGACGAGGAGAACACGGCCGCCGACUUCUUCGGCCAUCAGCUCAUGAAGGCCGGAUACAAUUACCACGGGAAUGAGCCGAUGUAUUCGGGAAUUACAGGUGAGGAGUUAGCUGCGGACAUCUACAUAGGUGUUGUGUAUUACCAACGAUUACGACACAUGGUGAACGACAAAUAUCAAGUAAGAACCACGGGACCAGUAGUUGCAACAACAGGUCAACCAAUCAAAGGUAGAAAACGAGGAGGUGGUAUUCGUGUGGGAGAAAUGGAGAGAGAUGCUUUGUUAGCACACGGCACAGCAUUCCUUCUCCAGGACCGUCUCCUCAACUGCUCGGAUUACUCACCGUCAUGGAUCUGCCGUAGAUGCGGCUCCUUCUUGUCGAUACAACCGACAGUGUCUCCUUUCGUUGGCAGGAAGAAGACGGCGAACACAGUGCGAUGCCGCAAUUGUGCGACACGCCUUGAUCAGAUCAGUGACGUUGAUUUGACCAAGCUAGCUGGUGAGAUAUGGGAAGACGGCCAAGGGAAUCAGUGGGUUGGAGGCGAAGACACAACGAAAGUAGCAGUUCCCGGUGCUCUGAAGUACCUGGAUGUUGAGCUAGCUGCUAUGGGUGUCAAGCUGAAAUACCGAGUUGACCCGAAGGAUGCUCCGCGAAAAGGACCGCUGUUGCAGAAAAAUUGGAAGGGUAUUUCGGCGGCAAAGGAAGCAAAUGGCCUCCCUCCUGCUAUAGCGGCCGCUUAAACAUUUCACUAGACACAUUCAAAAAGAUUUACUGCGGGAUAGCAUCAGAUGGAGUUAAGAGGUUACCGGCCCUCGGUUUGGGGAAUAGACAAUUCUGGUAGUAACACAGAGGAGU